UUUAAUCAAAAAUUAAAAAAAAAAAUUAAAGUGUGGUAACUACAUCAUCUGUUUAUUUUUGUUAUUCUGCUGUGAAUUCAUUCCACACGUGUUUUGAUUGUAGAGCGUGUGUAAAAUAAUGCAAAAUACAUUGUCAGUAUAUUUUACUUUCUUUGCCCAAGGAAUUUGUUUAUGAAAUGGAAUUAUUUACUAUAAAUCGGUACACCGGCGACCAGCCGGAUCAAGCUAAGAAAAAUGAAGAAGCCAUUCUGCAGAAAAUGCUCCAAAAGGUGGAGAACCGAAAGAGAACUAAAAGCACUGCUCGACUUCUGGAUUCGCAAGAAAAAGAAGAAGAGAAGGCAAACACCACUGUUAAAGAUGUUGCAAUUGAAAGCGUUUAUAUUGCCGGGCCAGAAGAAAAUAGUUUCAAUAAUACAACUAAUGCUGAUAAAGAUGUUGACCCUGUCGCCGAUGAAACCACAAACGAAUCUAGCCAUUUCCAAGUUCUUGGCGAAGAUGUAGACGAUAGUAAACCUAAAAAUGUUAAUAUGGUGCUACCUUCUUGGCUGGCACAUCCCACAAUCAUUUCCACAACCGUCGCACCAAAAAGUGAUGCAACGGAUGACGAAUCAUCUAUAAGUAAAUUGCGAUAUUUGGCGCCACAUAUUCGACACUCGCUCAAAGAAAUGCAAGUAUCACGUUUGUUUCCAGUGCAAACAGCUGUGAUACCCUGGUUACUAGAAGCUCAUGGGAAACCACCACCAUUUCGACCACGAGACAUUUGUGUUUCUGCGCCGACUGGUAGUGGCAAAACAUUAGCCUUCGCCAUACCUGUUGUACAGUUAUUAGCUGAUCGGGUGGUGCGUAAAAUUCGCGCAUUGGUUGUACUCCCCGUUGCCGAAUUGGCUUUGCAAGUUUUUAAAGUAUUCAAAAAGUUAUGUGAAAAAACCGAUUUGAAUGUUUGUCUACUAUCCAAAACAUUUCCUUUCGCUCAAGAGCAAGAGAAGCUUGUGGAGUGUUAUAGAGGACAAUAUUACUCAAAAGUCGAUAUUGUUGUAACAACACCAGGGCGAUUAGUUGAUCAUCUACACGCCACAAAAGGGUUUUGCUUAAAAGCUCUUCAAUUUCUUGUUAUUGACGAAGCUGAUCGUAUAAUGGAUGCUGUUUUUCAAAAUUGGCUUUAUCAUUUGGAUGAACAUGUACGUACUACAUCUGAUCAACUACUUUCAGGCAGGGCAGCGCCACUUUGUUUUCGGGAAUUGGAGGCUUCUUAUGGUGUGCAACCGCAUAAGUUGCUAUUCUCUGCAACGCUUUCACAAGAUCCGGAGAAACUACAAAAUUUAAGAUUAUUCCAACCCAAGCUAUUUACUUCUGUGCUUGCUAAUUUAACGAAGUUUCAAGAGAAGUUUGCCGAUGCUACUAACAAUGAGGAAUUAAGACGUGGCGAAUUCAUAGGCAAAUAUACAACGCCUGCCGAGUUGACCGAACGUUAUUGCAUUACAGAAAAUCGAAUAAAGCCAUUAACACUUUUCGCUCUAAUAAACGAAAAUGAAUGGACAAAAUUCCUUUGCUUCACCAACAGUGCGGAGUCAUCGAAUAGAUUGGCUUUUGUGUUAAAAUCUUUAUUCCAAAAUAAGCUGGUUAUUGGCGAAUUGAGCGCAUCCAUUAGUCCGAAAGAACGCGCAAAUGUGUUAAGUCAGUUUGCACGUGGAAGCGUUCAUGGCCUGAUAUGCUCAGAUGCGCUUGCUCGUGGUAUUGAUAUACCAGAUGUCGAUGUAGUUAUUUCUUACGAUUUGCCCAGACACAUAAAAACCUAUAUACAUCGCAUUGGACGUACGGCGCGUGCUGGCAGUCAGGGUACAGCAGUAACGAUGUUAACACAAAAGGAGCUGCAGCAAUUCAAUCAUUUACUCACGGAGGUGGGUAAGGUUUUGACUAAUGAAAUAACGGUGAAAACCAAUCAUGAGGCAGAAUACGCCAAGCCUUAUACAUUAGCGCUUCAAGAACUCCGUAGAAAAUUGGAGCAAGAUAAACGUUUGCAACUAAUGCGUAAGGAACGUGCCAAGGAUAAUGCCAAAUUCAAAGCUAAGGAUCCAUCAAAACUAUCUGUUAUGGAAAAAUUGCAAAUGCAGGCAUUCACACAAGUCGGCGAUAUUGCAUUGAAUAAGGAAGAAAGCCAAAAUCAGAGAAACAACCAGAAAAGUAAAUUUGUUAAACGCACGAAGUUUAAUGCAAGCGCGGGCAAAACUAAAGAGAUACAAAAAUAAAAUACUUAACAAAAGGA